GUGUGUGUCUGUCUGUCUGAGGGCUGCCACCCCCAGGUCUGAGUCUAACGUUUCCCACUGGAACCAGGUGCUGCAGUGCCAGUAAGUCUGAAGAAGACUGGGAAGCAGGGGAAGACCAAAUCUUGCACAGGGUCAUCUUAAGGAGGAAAGGGAUCUAGGGGAGAGGGAGGGGGUUUCUGAGGAGUGAAACCACUUCCUGUGUAGCUAGUUCCUGUGUUGACAGAGCUGAAGAGGAGGAGGGGUAUGGAGAGAACAGACAGGGUUAGGGGGCUACUAAGUCUCUGGAGAUGAGAAGACCAAGAGUCCUUCCCCACCAGGAACUUCCAUCACUACUACAGCUGGAGGAGUUUUUCCCAGUUUCUGUGCUCCCCUGGGGCGACUGAGCUAGCAGCUUGGGUGGGAAAAGAGAACUGGAGGAAGUUGACAGGGAUGGGCGGGGCCCCGUGGGGGGGGGGCUGACCAGGAACCCAGCUUCCUGCUCAGUACCCAGGCAUCCAGCCCCUGGCUCACCCCCACCCCUUCCAGCCCCCACUCCCCUCAGGAACUCAGGGAUUCCGGUCCUCCUCCCAAAUCCCAGCUACCCCUCCCCCAUCGGUUCCCCCCUCCAAGGAUGGAGGCAGAAAAAUCCCAGGAAGAAGAGGAUGGUGAGCAGGGACCCCAUCAGGAUGAGCAUGGCUGGCCCCCUGUGAACACCACCACCCGGCCUUGGCGAUCUGCUCCUCCAUCUCCUCCUUCUUCAGGGACCCACCAAACAGCCCUGGGGCCCCGCUCGGCCUCCCUACUCUCCCUUCAGACUGAGCGCCUUCUGGACCUGGUGGCUGAGGCCCAGUCCCGCCGAUUAGAGGAACAGAGGGCCACCUUCCAUGCCCCUCAGAACCCUCCAAACCUUGCCCGAGCUCUGCCCCGGCCUCAUGAGGAUAGAGAACAGCUCUACAGCACCAUCCUCAGUCACCAGUGCCAGCGGAUGGAAGCCCAGCGGUCAGAACCUCCACUUCCCCCAGGAGGGCAGGAGCUCCUGGAAUUGCUGCUGAGAGUUCAGGGUGGGGGUCGAAUGGAGGAGCAAAGGUCCCGGCCCCCGCCACACACCUGCUGAGACUUGAGAUCCCACCAGUCUCUCCACAUGCCAGGGGCUCAAAGCUGGGCAGUCCACUGCAUGUCACCUGCCCUGCUUGCCAGGGCCACCAGAGACUGAAAGACUCAGCAGAAACUACAAUAUCCAUCACCCCCGUCCACCUUCCCUGGGAACUGGAGGGGGUGAAAGUCCUCAAAUUCUGGGGAUAGUCAAGGUAGGAUGGCCAUUUAACGCCCUCCCUAGUACCUGGGAGCUUGAGGCUGCUUGAGGAUCCCACCCACUAAGGGACAGCCCAACCCCCUCCUGUGAUCGAAAGGGAAUGGUUGGGAGUAUUGGUCCUAAACUGUGGGGACACCCCCAGUAAUCAAGCCACUAGGCAGGAUCAGAGGGCUCAGGCCUCCAUCUCCCAAGAAAAGGCAAAUCUCCCAAGGUUAUGACUUGAGAGACAACUCUACCCUCCUUCCCAGUAAGAAGAAAGAGGGUGGGUACAACAGAGAGACUAUUAUCCCGCCCCCAGCACCCCCAGCCCCAAGACUAAAGGGCCUACAGGCUGUGAAUGGACACUUAGCCCUGCCCACCCGCCCUCCCUACUGCUGCCCCGAGUCUGUCUGAUGUAUGAAUAAAUGUAAUUCCCCUCUGGACUGA